GGGCAGCAGGGAAGUAUCCUGCUGCCCCAAUUAUUACAUUAAAUACGCGCGCUGGACGGGGGCAAGUGGCGGGGGGGUAAGUAAACCCUCCCCGCCCUUAAAGGAACCCACCCCACAGUGCCGGACCGCAGCUCUGCGGUUCCGUGCACACCCCUAGAAAUUUGCCAUUCCACCACGCGCAAAAGGCUUUUGACACUUUUGACACUUGGAAGUGCCUUUUGACACUUGGAAUCCUCACAUAACUCCUGACUGUUGUUCUAAGUCUUUUACAGAGAUGGCUCAUGUUUUCAGGUUUUGAUCAACAACCAUGUCUAGAUGGUACAGUGUUCCUUUUAACAGGGAUUUCCAGAUAUUGUUGACUACAAGUCCCAUCAUUCCUGUUUGGACAGGGGCGCAAUUUCACUGCUUGCCCUAGGCACUAUUUUCCCUAGAUACGCCUCUGUAUAUGGGUUCAGUUUUAUUUACCCCUGUGCAGGCCUGGGAGCAUUUAUUAUGGGGUAUUACCCCGUAGUAAAUGUGCUCAGGCCUGCAGCCAGACCUGUGUCAUUUUUUAAAAACCAUACUGAAUCUAUAGAGAAAACUGACGUUUUUUACUUUUGUUUUAGGAAAGAGUAUUGUAACAACGGGGUUGCGGAUAGAUUUUAGGCAUGGUAAAAAAAUUUUUUUAAAAAACCCCCAAGCCAUGAGAAAUGCCUCGAUAAUUGUAGAAAACAAAAGAGAAGAUGAUUUUGUAAGGCAAUGGGUGCAUAGCCUUGUCCAUCUAGUUGUCAGACACUACUUUAGGAUGUAGGGAAAACACUGAGAGUCUCGUGAAAACAUCUUGGGAACCUUUUGUGACGUUUGGUGGAAAAUCUCUCCACGUAAAAACUACUUUGCAUUUGACGCUGACGUCGUUGCUUUCUGUCAGAAGCAAAGCUAGCCAAAGGCCAGAGAACGCCGGGCAAUAUGUUGUUUGGCCGCAGCUUUGCAACAUGCAACCCAGGGAGUUGCUCUCAUUGUCCCGUGUCACGUGCAUGAUUCCUCCUCUAUCGUCAUUCCAUUCCCGGGAGGGUUCGAUUUUGGAAGGUUGAGCUAGGCGGCGUUCCUCUUCUUGCGCUGCGUUGCGAACGUUCUACUGCGGCUAAACAGCAGAAAUGGGAUUAGACUGGAUUGGCUAUGGCUAUGCAAUUUUAGUGGCUUCUGGUGGGAUAAUGGGCUAUGCCAAAGCAGGUAGCACCCCAUCUUUGGCUGCUGGUCUUCUUUUUGGGGGGUUAGCUGGAUUGGGAGCUUACCAACUGUCUCAAGACUCAAAGAACAUUUGGCUUUCCCUCAUUGCUUCUGGAACCUUGGCUGGCCUUAUGGGGAUCCGAUUCUACAACUCGGGGAAAUUCAUGCCUGCAGGAUUGAUUGCUGGGGCAAGUUUGCUGAUGGUUGCGAGACUUGGAUUGAAGAUGUAUGAAAAACCACAUGAGGGAUAACUAGACAUCCCAUGAGGUCUGAGAUUCUCAGUAAGAAGACUGAAUACACCUUGCUGAAUGCACCAUGCUAGAAACAGAGAGGGAGAAAGAGAGAGUGCACAGUUGGUCAUACUUAAUGACCUUUUUAAAAGCAGAUCAUUGUCAACUAUCUCCAUCUCAUCUUCUAAACAAAAGUAUUUCUUUGAACAUUUCCAGAACCAACUACGAUGACAAUGUUAAAUCUAGAAUGGUCGCUUUGUUAUGGUACUCUUCCCCAUCCCCUGCUGUGUAAUUGGAAUAUGAGUACUGUAAUUGGCGGAGGGGAGAGACAAACAGCAGCUGAACUGAGAAAGGGAUUAUACAUUAUAAGCCAGCAAGGAAGCUCUGACUGAAUGCAACACAGAGAAUUUUUAUCUGCUGUGUUGUGUGGAGGCAGAUGCUCCACAGGUUUCCAUCCAUCCAUCGCCCCAAUGCCUUACUCUAAGUUUGCUGGCUGGUGCAAAAUUACUGUGGCAAAUUAAUGUAACAAAGCCAAUAAGAAGAGGUUUAUAAAGGCAAAUGAGAUGGAGCUGCAGAGCUCUGCCCUGCUUGCCUCAUAUAGAAUGUUAUUGCAGGACAAGUCUUUGCAGAUGCCACCAUAAUUACAACAGAGGAGAGGAUCAAGUUUUAAUUUGACUUUCAAGUAUGAGCUCAUUUCUACAGCAAUGCGAGACAGUUUUUCUACUCUGUCACUAAAAAUAUUUUUUUUAAUAUAGCAGAUACAAUUGUAGUCAAAACCAUUCUUCAUUGGGUUGGUGUACUCUUGUGCGCUUCUUUCGCAAUCUACAUUUUAAAUUAUUAUUAUUAUUAAUAACAUAAGGUGUCACAGUGCAGUCUUUAAUCAUGUAUCCAUGCUUUUUAAAAACAGAUUGGGAAAAUACUGAUUGAUACAUACUUUUUAUUUUCUACUGUAUUAAAGGCUAACCACCAGACUACACAAA